AUGGCGACAGCAAUAGGGGCACCACAUCAGUAUAAACAGCCUUCUCGAAAUGGAAAAAAAGCAUGGAGAAAACAUGUGGAUGUUACUGAAGUCGAUGCGUGCCUCCAACGUGUCCGGGAAGAAGAAAUCGAAGGUGGUGUCAUUGCCGAAUUGCCGUCCGACGACCUUUUUAUUAUAGACUCGAAAGGUUCAGACGAGAUUCAACGAAAAGUGAAAAGUACCAAAGCCCUUAAAUGUGAUGAGAUACUUGCCCGAAGAUCCGCAAUUCCAGCAGUCGAUGGCCGCAAGCGCGGAAGCUCUAAAGUUACAGAUGGAAUAAUUGAACCGAGAAGCAAGCGGACCAAAAGCGAUUGGAUUACUUAUAAGGAGUGGAUGCGGUUGAAGCAGGUUGCGAAAGCUGCGAACCCAUUAGAGCAGGACAUUGAUAAUAGGAUAACGCACGAUCCCUGGGCCGAAGAACCCACUUCUGGGCCUACAGAAGAAACUAAGUUCAAUUUCCUAGAGAAACCAAAGCCUAUUGUCGCACCUCCUACUACGAAGCUUCCACCACUUUCAUUAGCAGCGAACGGAAAACCGGUGCCGUCAGUGCAGAAACCCAAUGCUGGAAUAAGUUAUAACCCGACAUUUGAAGACUGGGACCGACUUCUAACCGAGGAGGGCCAAAAAGAAGUUGAAGCUGAGAAGAAGCGCCUGAAAGAGGAGAAAGCAGAGCAAGAAAGACUAGCGCGGAUCGAAGCUGCAAGAAAUGAGAGCGAAGAGGCCCGAUCGGAUGAUGAGAGUGCUUGGGAGGGUUUUGAGAGUGAAUAUGAAACUCCUGAAUGGUUGAAGAAAAAGCCUCGGGAAAGGAAAACCAGGGCUCAGCGAAAUAAGAUAAAAAGAAGAAAAGAAGUUGAGAGGAAGGCAAAGUGGGAAGCACAGAUAAAGAAGCGAGAAGAGCAAGCUGCUCAAGUUAAAGCAAUAGCUGAGGCAGUGAAGGCGAAAGAAGAAGCCGAGAAACAAUUGCAAAAGGUCGACGACGAGUCGUCGGCCGAAGGAGAUGACCGAGUUCUCCGGAAGCGACCCUUUGGGAAAAUCCCGGUUCCCGAAAGGCCUCUAGAGCUCGUCCUUCCGGACGAACUGCAGGACUCUCUUCGUUUGCUGAAACCUGAAGGCAAUCUUCUCGGGGAUAGGUUUAGGAAUCUCAUAGUUCAAGGCAAACUUGAAGCCAGGAAUCCAAUCACGCAGCCGAAGAAGGCGAAGAGGGAAUAUACGGAGAAGUGGACCUACAAAGAUUUCAAAAUUAAACCAUGA